AUGGAGUAUGAGUUCUUCUCAGAAUUUCUGGUGGAAUGGAUACAAAUGAAGGGCUACAACACCAUAGGGCACUAUCAAUGUGUAGGUGGAGACAGCAUAUAUAGGGGAAUCUACUACUUACACUAUUUGCAGGGUAAAAUAUUGAACGAUAUGAAAGGAGUGUUUGAGGACUUGUUCAAAAACCUGAAGGAGGAUGCUCCAGAAAUAAACAAGCUGUGUGCUGACACGGAAAACGACAAAGGGGAAAAGUUGACUCAUAACAGAGAGAAGGAAUUAUGCAAGGCUCUAGUAAAAAUAUUAUAUUGGAUUAGCGGACUGAUAGAGAAAGAAGAGCAAAUCGCGAAGAAGCAAUGGAAGUGGUACUGGGAAAAGAGGAAAGACAUCGAACAGAAAAAUUGGAAGCUCUAUGCAUAUGCAAGAUGCAUAUUAGGAAAAAUAACAGUAGCAAAAUUAUUUUGGGAUCAUUGUGAUAUAAGUAAGGUUGGUCCAAUUGCUAAGAAGGCAGUGGAGGGAACUAUAGAUAAGAAGAACGUGCAAGUAGAAAAUGAUAUGUGCAAGAAAGCGGAUUUAAAGAGUUUAAGUAUAGCGGGAAUAUUUCUGUGGGAUAAAAUGGAUAAAUGGAUAGACGAAGGAACGACAAAAAAAGGGAGGUUGAAGGAUAUAAGGAAAAAUGGACAGUACUGCUGGGCAAAAAAGUCAAGUGAGGAGAAGGAGGAAGAAAUGGAAAAUAUAAGGGCCAGUACUGCAGAGUUCCUCGAUGUAAAGGAUAAAGAUGGCAUAGGAGAUUUGAUUGAUAGUCAUGGGAAAGGAUCAGAGGAGGAGUUAGAGAAAGUAGCAGUAAAGGUUAAACCGGGGACAGAUAAUACGGGGAAUCAAGUUAUAUUAAAAGAAAUAUAUAAGACCUUAGGUGACAUACAUGCCAAGAACGUAAAAAGGGCGCAGGACAGGGACAGUGCAAAAGGUAAGGGAUCACAGGCAAUAAGUGAUGAUAAUGCAGACAGAGUAACCGGACAUGGGGGUGAACCGGAGAAGCGGAAGGAAACUGGAGAAGGGAGGGAAGGAGACCGGACAGUGCGGAGAAGGAAACCGGACAUGAGGGGGAAUGAUCCGGACAAGGGGAAAGUGGACCGGGGGAAAAUUGACAAGGGGAAAGUGGACAAGGGUAUGGAUUGUAAGGACAAGAUGGAAUUAUGUGAUCGUGUAAAUUGUGUAACGACUAAUUGGUUUAAUGACAGAAUAACUAAGGCCUAUCAAAAACAAACCUGGUGUCAAUUUUGGAAUAAUGACGUCCAGAAUAGACUGAAUGAUCUGUCUACUGCUAUGACCGAUACAGAGACAGGGGACUAUGAUCUAUGCAAAAACAUUGGGGAGGCAGAUGGUACAUCAAAUAAGGAAGCAAAAAGAAAAGCUUGUGAAUACAUUACUAAAGGUUUGGAACACAUAUAUAAGAUUAGGAAAUCUGGGGGUUGGACGGAGGAUGAUGGUGACAAACAAAAGAAGAUGGAACGUAACCAGCAAUUUGGUCAAACUAUGUCGUGUUUCUUACUGAAUGUAUACGCAGAUCAACUGAUUCAAAAAUCGGCAGAGAACGGAUGUUCUAUCACAGAGGACAAAAUACAGGAAAUGUUUGAUAAAGGAAAAACAAAGAUGAAUGAAUGGUGUAAGAAUAAUGGUGGUACAUGUAUUGAAUGUACCAGGAAAAAAGAUCUAACUUGCACAUUAAACGUUAAAGAGAAUCUAUGGGAUGCAGGAGGAAGUGCAAGGUGCAUGGACUAUAAUAAUAUAAGGAACAAAGUAGAAGGGCUACUUAAGGCGGAUACCAAAGUAAAAAGAACUCUGAACAGCAUAUGCAGAGAUUGCACCAAGGAGGGUAAAACCUUAUGUCAACGUGUGGAGUGUGUGGCAAAUAAUUGGUUCGAGGACAGAAUAGGUCCCACCGAAAACAAGCAGACCUGGUGCACAUUUUGGAAUACGGAUGCAAAAAAUAGGCUGAAGGGAAUAUCUGAAAAAAUGUUGGCGGGAGCCGCAGCCAUGGAUUCACUGUGCAAAUCCGCUGAUGGAAAGACUAUUACACUGAAUGCAGCAGGGAAAAAAGCAUGUCAAUACAUAUUUUCUGGGUUAAAGUACAUUUAUGAAGUUAAGGAGAAUACGGCACUGCUGAACAAGAAGAAAGCAAGGAAUUUUAGACUAACAGAUCAAACCAUGUAUUGCUUGUUUUUGAACGCAUAUGCAGAUAUGCUUAUACAGAAAACGAAGGGACAAGUCUGCCCCAUCUUAGAAGAAGAAAUAAAAGACAUGUUCAAUGAAGGAAAUAAGAACAGGGAUAAUUGGUGUGAAGAAAAGAAGAAUGGUAAAGGUGGUGAUUGUGUGCCUUGCACAAGGGACACGAGCUAUGCAAAGUGCGAACUAAGCGUGGAUAAUGACCUAUGGGAUAAAAAUAGUAACUGCCAAGAGAACAAAGAUAAUGUAGAAAAAAAAGUGGAUGAUCUGCUAGACACAAGUCAAAAGACGGAACCAAAAGUAAAGGAAGCUGUGAAUGCUAUAAAUGAUAUAAAUAAGAACAAUAACUUAUGUGAUCGUGUAAAGUGUAUAUACUAUAGGUGGGGUGAAAACAGGAAAUACAAUGGAACGUAUCAAGACUGGGAUCUCUUCUGGGACGCCGAUGUUAAGAACAGAUUGAAUGAACUGUUUGAGAAAAUAGUGGCGGCGAAAGACGAAACCAUCGAUGCUCAUUGCAAUAGCACUGAUGAGAAGAACACUACACUGAAUGAAGCACAGAAGAAGGCAUGUGAAUACAUUGUUAAAGGAUUAAAACAUAUAUAUAAAAUUCCAAAGGGAACAGACGGGACGGAUCAACAGAAGAUAGACGAUAACCUCAUAUUCCACCGAACUUUCUCUUGUAUGUUAUUGAAUAUAUUCGCUGAUGAAAUGGAAACCAAAUGUUCAGCCAACAAGAAGGCUGACAUAGAAAAAGGCAUAACUCAUGCCUUUCAGCAGAGUGAUAAAAUUAAGAAGGACAUAUCCCCAUGCAAGACUGAAGGUGAUUUGUGUCCUUUGUGCACUCAGGAUAAUAGCUAUAAAGAUUGCAAAAUACAGAAAUCAGACGGGGAUACAAUAAAAAAAAGAUUCGACGAGAUGCUGGAUCCAAAGCAGAACAUGGAACCAAAAGUUAAACAAGUUCUGAAAGCAAUAACUGACAUAUGUCCAAAACCUGCUGCUACUAAACCACCAACAACAUCAUCAACAGAACGUCGAGGUAGGUCUGAAUCAUCAGGUGACUCAGCACCACCACCUGCAGAGAAGGUGCCUGCUAAUAAGGAAGGAGAAAAAACGGACGAAGAUGAGGAAGGUAAGUGCAAAGCUGGCCUGAAGGAUGCUGGUGCUAACAGUGCUUCUGUAGGUGUCAGUGUAGGUGCGGCGUGCACUUCGAACGCAGAUUUAGGGGAACCUUCUAAGGAACUUAUAGCUCUAUAUGGUGGAGGCGGAGAGUCCACCACCACUCAGGCUGUGACUGAGGAACGGAGAACUCCAAAAAGUGUGGACCAUGGUACACCAGAUAAAUCGGGUACGGAUGUUGGUCAUAUAAAUGGAAUCAUUCUCCCUUUAUUCACUCUUCAGGUGAAGGGGACUCUCCAGGUGGUCCUUCAAGUAAUCCGAAGAGUGGGCAUACUUCCCCCGCUGCGACCGAAGUUCAGACUACACAACCCGCAACUACUGAUUCACAACACCCUGCUAUUGCAGGUGGUGUCGUACCUAGUGUUCCAGGUCCACCUGGUCCUCCAAGUGGAGGUGCCGCUGGUGGUGAUACAGGUGGUCCACCACAACAAGGUGGUAACAAACCACAAGGUCCACCUCCCCCAGGGAAACCACAAGGAGCAGCAGUAUCCUCACCUAGGGGUGUUACAGAGACUAAUGGUGGUCCAGGGAGGGGGGGUGGCUUCGCCACCUCCCUUCCUGUUCCAGUCCCAAAGAACUCAUCGAGUACGUGGUCCUCCUUCCUUAGAAGAACAACUCCCUGAUCAUGUGAACGACCAGGCAGAUGGUCCACAUGAAUAUACCUUAGUAAAAAAACGCAGACAACCAAGAUCUGCUCCAACGAAAACCAUGAGGCCAAAAAAACAGGGCGUUGGUCGCCCUGCUGGUCCUCGUGGUGUCGGCCGCCGUACCAUUAUUGAUAUUCAUUUAGAAGUCUUAGACGAAUGUCAAAAAGGGGAUCUGCAAUCGACGAUAGAAGACUUUUUUGAAAUAUUGGUUCAAGAAUUUAUGGGAUGCGAAUUUAUGAAGAAAGAAAAUGUUCCUAAGGAAUAG